AUGACGCAGAGAGAGAAACAGACAGACAGGAUCAGAGCGCUGAAGGAAUUAGUUCAGCAGUCUCCCUUUUCAGGCAGUGUAACCAGUUCCAACAUGAAUAAUAAUCAGCCGAAUGCCCCCGUCUAUGAAAACAGAGGGUUUCAGCAUGAUGAAGGAAGACCCCCACCAACCCCACAACCCCCCAGCUAUGUUGCCGUCAUUCAUAAAGUCGACACCUACCACACUACAGCACCUGGAACCCCACAUGACACACCACAAAAGAAAGGAAAGAAGAAAUGUCAGUUGAAAUAUAUACUGUGUGGCUCCAUGUGUGCACUCCUUGUCCUGGCGGUGGCCGGCCUCCUGCUCUGGUACGUCUUAUACUACCAGUGUUUACAGGGGAAGUCGUGUAAAAGUGAUGGAAAGUGUUUGAGCUCCUCCCAGUGGUGUGAUGGUGUUAAAGACUGCCCUAAUGGAGAGGAUGAAUCUCACUGCUUUCGCCUCCACGGGACCAACUUCAUGCUGCAAAGUUACUCAGAUGCCAACCAGACGUGGUUGCCGGUUUGUGCUGACAACUGGGGCGACGACUAUGGCAGAGCUGUGUGUGAGCAGAUGGGCUACAACAGAAACGAUUACGUGUCCUCCACCCAGACCAGUGCAGGUUCUUUGGCAUCCAGAGGAUACAUGAGGCUGAAGCUUGAUAUUAACCAUGGGUUAAGUCUACAGUCUCGUCUUGUACACAGCCAGAGUUGCUUAGCCACCGCAGUCAAGCUUCAGUGUAUUGAAUGUGGACGGAGUGAAGCUUCCCCCAGUCCUCGUAUUGUGGGGGGUACAGACGCAGUAAAUGGGGCCUGGCCGUGGCAGGUCAGCCUCCACGUUACUUUUCAACACGUUUGUGGAGGCUCCAUUAUCAGCCCUUAUUGGAUCCUAUCUGCUGCACACUGCUUCAACUGGCACUCCGGUCCUGAAUGGUGGUGGGUACACACAGGCGAUGUGAGAAUGUCUAAGAUUAGCCUUGAGGCUGGCAACUCAGUAAACAAAAUUAUCACUCAUCAACAAUACAACCCAGAAACUCAUGACAAUGACAUCGCUCUCCUAAAGCUCAAUACACCUCUGACAUUUUCAAGGACAGUGAAGCCAGUGUGUCUCCCCAACAUGGAUGUGGACCUCUCUGCUGGACAAAGAGCCUGGAUCACAGGAUGGGGAGCCUUAAGCACAGCUGGACCGUCCCCUGAGAUACUGAACCAGGCCCAGGUGACUGUUUACAGCAGAGAGGUCUGUAACGCCCCUAAUGUGUUAGAUGGACAAGUCACUGAGAAUAUGAUCUGUGCCGGAAAACUGGAGGGAGGAGUGGACUCAUGUCGGGGUGACAGUGGAGGACCCCUGGUGAUUCAGCAGGGAGGUGUAUGGUGGCUGGCAGGGGACACUAGCUGGGGGAUUGGAUGUGCUUGGAAGAACAAGCCAGGAGUCUAUGGCAAUGUGACCUAUUUUGUCAACUGGGUGUAUGAACAAAUGCAGAAUGAGUGACAGACCUGAAGACAACUCUUACAUUAAUCAGCAGUACUUUCUUCAUCACACACUUUAAAUCUCAAGCUCUGAGGGAACUUAUUGAUCAGGAAGAUUUUCAUAAACUGAAAGCUUAUACUAAUAAAAAAGGAUGUGUCAUUUCAUUACUUUUUUUAUAUACCUGUUAUUACAGAUACAAUGUUAAAAUGAAUCUAUUUAUUUGUUGUAAUUACACUGAUUUUGCACAAAGAACUGAGUUUUAAUUUCACACAUUGUGACAAAUACGACAGUGUUGAAAUGUAUCUAAGUAGAUCUACUCAAGUACUGUACUAAUUCACAGUACUUGCACUUUAUUUGACUAUUUCCUUUUUAUGCAACUUUAUAUUUUUACUCUACUACAUCUCAGAGGCAAAUAUUGUUCAAGAAAUUUCUUACUCCUUCAGAGUUGUGUGACCACUUUACCUACUUUUCAGAUCACUUGAAUUAUUUAUUUUUUCCCUUCCUGUCCAGUGAAUACAACAAAUGAUCAUUUCAAAGUUUAUGAUAAACUAGAUCAGUAGUUCUCAACCUUUUUGAGUCGCGACCCCCAAUUUAACAUGCAUGUUGUCUCACUGAACAGAAUCUCACAGUUCAGAUCAGACAAACUCAGUUGAUCCGACGAAUUUUGGACAAAUAAUGAAGCAGACAACAACAAAAACAUCUCUCUGUCUGUUCAUUUAUAUAUUUUUUUAUAUUUCAUUGUUACUUUUAAUCUAAGUUGUUCCCUUAAUAUGCAAACGAUUCCUGUGUGUGAUCGGGCCAUGUAUUUGAAUAAUUCAGAUGAAAUGCACCUGUGUGUGUUUGUGUGCGUGCAGUGGUUCCAGCUGCAGCCCCGCCCGACCUGCCAACAGAUGAGCCGAUAACAGACCAGACACACACACACACACACACACACACACACACACACACACACUGCCUAACAGAGAUACCUGAACUAGUUCAGGUCACUUCAGGUCACCUAAAACAGUAGUUCUCAACCUUUUUGAGCUGCGACCCCCAAUUUAACAUGCAUGUUGUCCGCGACCCCCGAUCACUGAACACAAUCUCACAGUUCGGAUCAUACAAACUCAGUUGAUACUAAUUAAUCCAAGUAAGAACUUGCUACUUUGGGACGUUACAAAAUAACCCAAAAAAGAAUCA